AUGGACUGGCAGGAGAAAGACCUGCUAGUCAUCGACGAAGUGAGUAUGCUGGGGGCUCGGACGCUACACGCGGCGAACGAGCAGCUCUGCAGGCUCCGCGGGUCGCAACAGGAUUUCGGAGGGAUCCCCAUCGUCCUUUUCUGCGGAGACUUCCACCAGUUCCGUCCGGUACAAGAGAGGUCGAUCCUGCUGCCGAGCGUGGCCGUCUCGUGGGACGAAGACAACUCGUUCAAGGCCGAGCAACGGCACCAGCAUGACAAGGCGCACGCGCUGUGGAAGAAGUUCACGACGGUCGUCAUGCUGGACGAACAAGUACGCGCGGCCGGAGAUCCGGAAUUGCAGACACUGCUAAAGCGGAUCCGGUCGGGCGUGCAGGACCGCACGGAUUUGGACCUCCUCAACUCAAGAUGCUACCGGGAAGGCAGGCGGAUCCCGUGGGAAACGGGCAUCACCGUGGUGACGCCGCUGAACCGGAAUCGGUGGAAUCUGAACAUGGAGGCGGCCUUGUCGUUCCGGAUCCAGCAGCGGUCGAUGAUGCGCAUCUUCAUAUCCGAGCACAAAUGGAAGGACGGCCUGCCGACGGAGGAAGAAGCCAUCAUGAUGCUAAACCAGGGCGAUAAUAGCGCGGUCCCAGUACCAGGCGUCUUCAUAUUCGUGCCAGGGAUGCCCGUCGUCGUGAACCACAAUACCCAUCAGGGCUUGAAACUUGUCAAUGGGGCCAGUUACACGGCGCUUAACGUCAUCCUCGACAAGGCGCACCCGGGCCAUCGGAUCUCGGCCGAUACGAUGGUCCACUUCGGGCCGCCGGCGGGGAUAAUACUGGAGUCGGAAACGACAAAGAACUUCCACUUCGUCGGAAUGCCGCCCGGCACGAUCCUGUUGAUACCCACGAGUGUCAGCAUACAUUGCCAGCGAAAGCGGCCGUGGCAGCAGAACGACGUCAGCCGAAAGGGUCUGCCGUGCGCGGCGGCUUUCUCGUGCACAGACUACAAAGUGCAGAGCAAGACGCUCGAGCGCGUAGCCCUGGAGCUGCGGGGGGCGAGGACGACAAAUGUCGACGGAUACAUAGUCCCCGCGCAAUGCGAUCCGUACAGCCUGUACGUGCAGCUGUCGCGGUGCCGGUCGCUGGACGGCAUCAUGCUCAUCUCCAAGGUGCGGGAAAGAGAUCUGGUGGGCAACCGGGUUCCCCAGGAGAUGACCGUGGCAGAGGCCAGACUGGAGGAAUUGAGCAAGAAGACUGUUCAGGAGGCUCUGCGGUGGCCGGAUGACGAUUUUCGAGGUCCAGGGGUCUGA